GACAAUAAAAAUGAUCACACACUUACACACAACAUUCAUUGAACCAUCUUCUCUCUCUCCUUUCUCUCCUCUUUUUUUCCCUGUCAAUUGGGGUUUCAGAUGACCUCUUGCCUUCAAUCUCAUUAAUGCAUUCAUCGUUUCAACUUAUAUACGUUGCUUUCAUAGUCUUGUUGUUCGUGGAUUUGCUCUUUUUUGCUCUCGAUCGAGAGUUUUUGGGGCUCGCACGGUUCAUUUUCCAGCUCUACCCAUGUCGAAACUCUUCGAUUUCAGUGGUGAUGGUAAUUUUUUCCCUGGAGAGUCAAUAUAUGCAAAUCCCAAGGAAAGUAUAUUUUUUCCCACUUGUCAUCAUGUGGACAUCUAUUUUCCUCCUCGCAAGAGGUCUCGCAUCAGUGCCCCUUUUGUAUUCAGUGAAGAAAUUUUUGAGAAGCAGCAGCCAGCCUCCAUUGAAGUGCUUCCUGAUGAAUGCCUCUUUGAGGUAUUCAGACAUCUCCCUGGAGCCGAAGAGAGAAGCAUCUCUGCUUGUGUUUCCAAGCGCUGGCUUAUGCUUUUAAGCAACAUCCAUAGUGAUGAAAUCUGUACCAAGAAAGCAACUCAAUCUUUGGAGACUCAGAAUAAAUUAAAUUCCACUAAGGCAGAUGAGCCCCUAGCAUGUAACAAGAAGGGUGAAGUUGUUUGUUCUAAUGGUAAUAAAGUUGAAGCUGAGUCUGAAGAUCAAGAGAUAGAGGGUGAUGGAUACCUUUCUCGAUGUCUGGAAGGCAAGAAAGCUACAGAUGUAAGGCUUGCAGCCAUUGCUGUUGGAACUGGUCACCGUGGUGGAUUGGGCAAGCUUUGUAUCCGAGGAAGCAAUUCUACACGUGGAGUGACAAACCUUGGUCUCAGGGCAAUUGCCCGUCGCUGCCCUUCAUUAAAGAUUCUUUCUCUGUGGAAUGUAUCAUCUAUUGGAGAUGAAGGCUUAUAUGAGAUUGCCAAUGGGUGUCGCCUGUUAGAAAAGCUUGACCUUUGCCAGUGCCCAGCAAUUUCUGACAAGGCUUUGCUGGCCAUUGCGAAGAACUGUCCCAAUCUCACCUCUUUAACAAUAGAGUCUUGUUCAAACAUUGGGAAUGGAAGCCUACAAUCUGUUGGUAGUUGCUGCACGAGCUUGAAGUCUGUUUCAAUCAGAAACUGCCCGCUUGUUGGAGAUGAGGGGAUUGCAAGCCUCUUGUCAUCAUCCAGCUAUUUGCUGACAAAGUUGAAGCUUCAGUCUUUGAACAUCAGCGAUGUAUCUCUUGCUGUUAUUGGACACUACGGAAAGGCAAUUACUGAUCUAGUCUUCAGUGGCCUCCAAAAUGUUAGUGAGAGAGGCUUCUGGGUCAUGGGUAAUGCUGAGGGCCUGCAGAAGUUGAGGUCCUUUACAGUUAACUCUUGCCAAGGAGUUACUGAUAUAGGGCUUGAGGCCGUGGGUAAAGGUUGCCCAAAUUUAAAGCAGUUUUGCCUUCACAAAUGUGCAUUCUUAUCAGACAAUGGAUUGGUAUCGUUAGUCAAAGCCGCAGUCUCACUUGAGAGCCUGCAAUUGGAGGAAUGCCACAGGAUUACCCAAUCUGGGUUUUUUGGUGUUCUUGGUAACUCUGGUGGAAAAUUGAAGGCUCUUGCUCUGGCAAACUGUUUGGGGUUUAAGGACUUGGCCUGCGGAUUUCCUCUAAUGGCACGUUGCACAUCCCUGCGAUCUUUAUCUAUCCGUAACUGCCCUGGAUUUGGCAAUUUUAGUUUAUCUAUGUUGGGUCGAUUGUGCCCCCAAUUGCAGUACGUGGUCCUCAAUGGGCUUAAUGGAAUAACAGAUGAGGGGCUUCUUCCGCUCAUUGAGAACUGCGAGGCCGGUCUUUCAAAGGUUAAUCUUAGUGGUUGUGUGAACUUGACAGACAAGGUGGUUUCAGUCAUUGCCAAGUUGCAUGGAUUCACUCUUGAACUGCUGAAUCUUGAUGGUUGCAAGUACAUCACUGAUGCCUGCUUGGUAUCUAUUGCAGAGAAUUGCUUAUUGUUAAGCGAACUUGAUGUUUCCAAGUCUUCAAUUACUGAUUGUGGCAUUGCAGCCUUGGCUUGUGCAGACCAACUCAAUUUGCAGAUCCUUUCUCUGUCCGGUUGCUCUUUAAUAUCGGACAAGAGCUUGCCUUAUUUGGUACAGUUGGGUCAGACUCUCGUGGGGUUGAACAUCCAGCACUGCAAUGCGCUAAGCAGCAGCAUCGUUGAUCUGCUUGUGGAGCGCCUAUGGCGAUGUGAUAUGCUCUCGUAAGCAAUGAUUGGAAUUGAAAGCCCCUUUAUGGACUCGGGUUGGACAUAGUAGGGAGCUCCAGUCUAGGUUAACUUUGUGGGUAGCAUCGGUUCUUAGUUUUUGGGUCCAUUGGUUGUGGGUCUUCUUUUAGUCCAGUGACCUCGUUCCUUUUUUUCCAGGGGAUUUGGCGUGCAACUCUUUUUUUGCAACUUACCUUCCAUAAGGAAGCUGUUGGAAGAAUUUUGGCUGCCCAAAUGAUGGGUCGUCGCUUUCUUCAUCGCCAUACUUCCCUGUGAAUACAGAUACGGGUUCUGGUUCUAGAAUUUAUUUUCCAUUGUCUUUUUCUGUCACGUUGGCAGUUUGUGUUUUAGUGUAGCCGUGCAUUGAUAUCAUGCAUAGGCUAAGCUUUUCAGUUUUUGAGUCUGUCCACUUUCAGUUUUACCUUUUCUUCCACGGUGUUGAAGCCUCGUGUUCUGCGCGUGAUGGUUAGGUCUCUGUUUUCCUUUUUGGGGUGGGUUAAGAUUCCUUGGAUCUCUUCAUAUUUGAUUUGCUUUUGGCAGUUCAAAGUUUGUGGCCUUGUUUUCUGGGGCUUUGGCUGUGGCAGCAGAUUCUAUCAGUUUGCCAUGACAAUCCUUUGGGGGUUUUUUUUCAUACCAAGCCCUAGUUUUGCAGGCUUCACCUAUCUUUGAACUGUAUUUUGCAAUCUCUUUGCUAUGAAAUGAAAACCAAGUUGCUUCUUUGUAUGAUUUCUGGUUAUGUAAUGAUGAUCUUAAAUAAAAGUUUGCUAGCUUUUAUGUUGUAGUGAAAA